AUGCACGCCAUUGUCAACAAGGAGCUUCCUAUUCCUGAAACCGUUGAUAUGUACCUGGUAUCCCGUGAGAUGCCUGCUUCUAACACAACUGCUUUGCAAGCAGUGGUCGAUGUCGAUACCGAGCGAAAGGAACUUGAGCACCUUGCCGAGGAACUUGCUGGGAAUGAUGAUGACGAGAGUCAAGAAAGGCUCAUGGAUAUUUAUGACCGACUUGAUGAAAUGGAUGCAGCUCUGGCUGAGAAGAGGGCUGCUGAAAUUCUUCACGGUCUUGGCUUCACUAAAACGAUGCAAAUGAAGAAAUGCAAAGAUUUCUCAGGAGGAUGGCGGAUGCGGAUAGCUUUAGCCCGGGCGCUCUACUUGAGACCAUCGUUAUUACUUCUCGACGAGCCUACAAACCAUCUUGAUCUCGAAGCGUGCGUAUGGCUUGAAGGGGAGCUGAGUCGAUAUAAAAGGACUCUGCUUAUUGUUUCUCAUUCACAAGAUUUCAUGAAUGGUGUUUGUACAAAUAUUAUUCACCUUUUCCAGAAGAAACUAGUCUAUUACACGGACUACGUUGCCCGUUUCGGUCACGGUUCUGCCAAACUUGCUCGCCAAGCCCAGUCUAAAGAAAAAACGAUGGCAAAAAUGGUUGCCGGCGGCCUCACAGAAAAAGCCGUUACAGAAACGGUAAAACAGUUCUAUUUCUUUGACGCUGGUCCAAUUCCACCUCCGGUUAUCAUGGUGCAGCAUGUGUCGUUUCGGUAUAGUGACACCACGCCAUGGAUCUAUAGGAAUAUCGAUUUUGGUAUUGAUCUCGAUACUCGUGUAGCUUUGGUUGGUCCAAAUGGAGCAGGAAAGUCCACUUUACUGAAGUUGCUUUGCGCUGAUGUAAUGCCCACAGAUGGUCUCAUUCGGCGACAUUCCCAUGUUAAAAUCGGUCGAUACCAUCAGGUACAACUUUCAUGCUGUCUCAAAAUGAGGUACCGCUGUUGA